AUGUUCAAUAAUUGCAGAGAUCCUCCAAGUUAAAUUCUUCUACUCAUUCUAACAUAAUUACCACCUUCCUUCCCUUUGACAAAUGAGUACUUACACAAGAAGUUUAAUGAGUUUGGAGACAUUAAGAAAAUACUUAUUUUCGAAAGAGGAAAGACUAACAAGGCUUUUGUGGAAUUUUAUAAUUUAAAGAGUGCAAUAUCAGCAAGGAAAUAAUUAAAUGGCUUGAAUAUUCAAGGAGGAAAGUAAUAAGUUAUUUUGUAUGUAGAAUGAUAAUCCAUUACUCUCGACUUAAAAAUCUUAAUCUCGAAAUUGUGGAUAAUUCAAGAGGAACGGAUUAUACUUAAGCUAGCAGCAAUAGUCAAAAUUCAGAUUCUAUACUUCAUUCUAAAACAGACGAUAAUAUCAGAGUCAACUUAACUAAUCAUAUUAGUUAGAGUUCAUCUUCUAGAGCAAACUCAAGUCCAGUUAGAAAUGAAGAGAUCAAUCGAUUACUUGAUUAUGAUGAUGAUGAUUUUGAUAUAUGGAAACAAGAAAUACAACUUAAUUUGACUGACAUGCAUCCAGAAAUACAAACCCUACUAAGAUAGAAACAAUCUAAAUUACUUAGAAUUGCAUCAAUAGACUCUAAAGUAACUGCAAAGAUGAUUUAUAAUGUCUUUACCAAAUUUGGAAAUAUUGAAGAGAUUCUAUAUUAGAAACAAUUAUAGAAAGCAUAUGUGAAAUUCUAGACCAUUAAUUAAGCAAUCAUAGCAAAAGAAUAUCUCAAUAACACAUAAUUCUUUGAUUCAAUUGUAAUAAUGUCUUAUAAUAUAUAUAUAUAGUUGCGCAUAUAUUUUGAACCCUUACAACCUUUAUAACCAACAUCCUUAUAAGAUGAAUACAUGAUUUAUUAUAAUGAAAACUGUACAUAGAAAAUUAUGCCACUCUCAUCUAAUCUCAUAAUCACUGGAGUCUAAGAUCCUACGGAAAUCUCGGAAUUAAUCAAAAUGUUUGCCAAAAUUAAAGGUAUGUUAAAUAAUAAAUAAUUUAUAGACAUCAAAAUUCAUGUAAAUAGUCUUUAACUAUCAAUGUGUUCAAUUGCAGAUACGCUUAAGAUAAUGGCAGUAUUUUCAGAUUAUGAAUUUAAGAAUUAGAAGUUAAACAUCAUUCUCAAAUGAU